AUGAAACAGAUUGACACAGGAAUGACAAGCGAGGUUUGGGCAGUUAAUCAUAACGAUGAUGUAUUCCGUUUAAAACCAGACAGGACUUGGGAAAAUAUUGAAGGAAAAAUAAAACAUGUCACCGCUGGUGAAUCAGGUAUUAUUAUAGUUUAUAUUCUUGCCUCAUUGCAUCAAUGUCGUUAUACUAGAGCUUUGGUAGAAAAUGCAAUUUGAACAAAACUAUACUGUGCAAGCAAUGUGGUAUAACAAGAAAACUCAAAAUGACGACUGUGUUCAGGGUCGCUGAAAGGGGGUGGGGAUGUGCGUUGGACACUUGGGCCCGGGAUUCCAGAUCACAAGUGGCCUUCAAAGCGAUCAAAGCACUUAAAUUUCUUGAUAGAAGAUUGCUUAACUGAAAAAGUGAAUUCUUUCUGCGUUACUGCUAGAUAAUUAUGCAAUAACGUGUAAGAUAUUGUAAAACACCGCUCUCCAGUUUUACAAUUAUGGCGUUAUAGGGCCCGCUGAACCUCUCGGCGGCCCUGACUGUGCUUAACAGUAUUAUAAUAUUUGGCUUUAGAUUGCGGAAUAUAUUUUUUCUGAUUACAAUACAUUUGUCACGAUAUAAAACAUACCGCAGUAUUUCCAGUGAGGCAGUCGUGUAUACUCAUAAGGCAGAAGUCUCGUCAGAUAUUCCGUCCGAAGAAAGUUGUGAAUGAUGACUUUAUUGCCGUUAAUGCAGCUGCUUUGCAUUCCCAGAGAUUCUCACUUCGUGGAAUUAUAUGACGCCAAGAUUUUUACUAUGAUUUACUUUGGGCCGAAAUUGGAAAGUAAAUGGUUGUGAUGAUAUCUAUUCUAUAUAUUUUAAAUUUUGCUUCCUCUAAAAUAUAUCUGCGAACACUAUCGAAAGCGAGGCCAUUUUGGUUUGGUCGCGUUUCCAUAUUUCGUAUUCUUAUUUUGAUACCAUGAAGUCAUAGCGUUUAAUAUUAUUUUUCAUAUAUCAACAUUAUGCAGUUACUCUAUUUAGUGUUAUAUCAACAGUAUUCAGUUGAUAUGACGACUUUACAGUUCGUUCGGUGCUUGCCAAUCAAAAAUCAUGAAUUCUUUUAAAAAGUAAUUAUUUAGUGUUUUUUUUACAGCAAGAAUGCGACAAAUACAAAUGCAAAUUUCUAUAUAAUGUACUUUCUAAUUUUCAAACUUACGAGUUACGAGUUAGGCCAAAAAAAAAUAUGUGGGUUUCCGAUUUCCCGACCCUACCUAGCUUUUGGACGACGGAAUCCCGACCCUAAACUUUUUAUUGGAUCAUGCUUGUAAGUGUUUCCAUUUGGAGGAAAACGUUUGUGAAAAAUGGAAAUUUGAGGCAAUAUUAGGGAAAUUUAUCUUUGAAUGUGGAAGCGCUGACUAAACAAAAUGGCGUCCUGUUGUUAGGAAAAUUAAAAAGAAAGUUUAAAAAAAAAAGAAAAAAGUCAAAACCGACCUACCCUACCUAAGUUUUUACAAGAAGAAAUAGGAAACCCACAUACUUUUUUUUGGCCUUAUUGCAAAAAUGUUUACGGCCUGUUGAUAUUAGGGAUUCGUCAUCAUACUUGGGCCAUUGUGUCCAAAAUUUCAGGAAACAAUUAACAUUUUUAUUACCUAUUAAUAAAAUGAAUGGGCUUGUAGUUGAUGUGUUGUUUGUAAAGUUAUGAUUGCAAACUGUGCAUGAAAAAAUCCCCCAGCUCCGUUAUAUUCUCAAUAAAACGCGAACGCGGACGUGCAGACGAACUGACCGUGUCUUAUCAUAUCAUUUAUCCAAGGAUGACAAGUAUAUGUGCUCACCCUCAAAUGCGUCCAUCCACAACUGCGUAUACGUUAUACAUAAAAUUAAUUAUUUUAGGUAUAUGGGGUGUAGAUGCAAACAAUGACGUUUAUCAUUAUUUCCACUCGGCAAAAUGGAAACACGUUCCAGGUAUUAAACUCAAACAGAUUGAUUCCGGUCCCGAAGGAAUUGUUGUAGGAGUAACUGAGAGCAACGAAGGUUAUUACCGCACUGGAGUGAUUAACUCUAACCACGUGGGGAAUAAAUGGGUGAAAAUUGAUGGCAGUUUGAGUUAUGUUAGCUGUGGAGUGUUGGGGUGCUGGGGAAGUGAUAGCAGAGGACAUGUUUAUUAUAUUGACGGUAUUUCCAGGCGUAAUUGUGCGGCUGCCAGUUUGGUGUCAAUUGAUGGACGAAUGAAACAAAUUGAAGUUGGAGAAGUAGGUGAUGUGUAUGCUAUUAACUCUGAUGGGAAUUUACAUGUACGUCUGGAGGUAUCAGCAGCGAACGUUUUUGGUACGGAAUGGAAGCUUUUGCGUGAAGCGUCUUAUGUCACAACUGGAUGGGCUGGACAAUAUGUGCUGGUUGACGGUUUUCUUUACCAGUCGUCAGGUAAGCAUGUUUAGCGACUGAAAAGUUAGAACAUCUAUGGCUUGCAACAAAUUGAACUUAUACUUUCUUAAUUGGUCUUUUUAUCGGGAUUUGAGCCGAGCGAUAUCUGGUUGGGAAGGGAGAAGGGUCGGGUGUACCAAAAAAAUGGAACACCGACACCAGUAUUUUUAUUAUAAAAAUGCCGGCGACGGGUGGAAUGGAGGUCGACUUUAUUUUGCGAAAAUAAAGCCUCCCAAAAAAAUUUUCAAAACAUUAUCUUGCUACAAUGAGCGAUUAAAAAUGCUUCUUCACACCUUUUUUCGAACUCAAUGUUUCUGAAUAUUCCUUAAUAUUUAACACGUUCCGCAAUUUCAGCAUUCCGGAGCCUCCUCUGUGGAAGUUGGGCCCCCUUUCUUGACUUUUCUUUGUGUUACAUCCCCACAAUGUUUCACAAUAUUUUUCUCUAAAAGCCGCUGCAUCAUUUUUUUUAUUACUUUAGUUCUCAAAGUGAAAUUAUUUUUUCAGAUGAUGAAGGCCUUUUGCGUACCUCAAAGGGAAAUCUUUUACCACAUGACACAAGUUGUAGGGCAUCAUCAUGCGUGCAAACUUGUUUUAUCGCGGGUGAUAUCCGAGUUAACGAUCAGCAAGCACUAACAGCUUUCCAUACUCUUUUCCUUCGCGAACAUAACCGCAUUGCAAAACAAUUAAGGACAUUAAACAGACACUGGGAUGGUGAAACGAUUUUUCAGGAAACCAGAAAAAUUGUUGGAGGUGUAAAACAAAAGAUCGUCUAUGAAGAUUACCUGCCUAUUCUUCUUGGAACAGAUGCUUUACCUGCCUAUACGGGCCACAAGGAAGAUGUUAAUCCGGGCAUAUUCAAUGCGUUUACUCUUGCAUACAGACUUGGACACAGCAUGAUCAGGUCAAAGUUUGAUUUAUUGAACGCUAAUUUUGAUCCAAUUGUCCCAGCCGUGAAACUCAGAUUCCUGUUCUUUAACAGUACUACUGUGAAUUCCUAUGGUGUCGAGCCAAUACUGUUGGGGCUUGUUGGUAAUAUUUCUGAACGGGUGGAUACGCAUCUGACAAAAGAGAUCACAGAACAUUUAUUUCAACGCGGAAACAAGCACGGAGAAAAUCUUGCUGCCUUGAAUAUACAACGCUCCCGGGACCACGGCCUUCCAGGCUACAAUGCAUACAGAGAAUUUUGCGGUCUUUCAAAGGCAGCAACGUUUGAAAACACUUCAAACGAAAUACAGGAUCCGGGAAACAGACGUAUCUUGAAAGAAUUAUACAAUGAUGACCCCAGUCUAGUUGAAUUGUGGGUGGCUGGUAUUUCAGAAACCCCUGUUCAAGGCGCUGUGGUCGGUCCAACAUUGCGUUGUGUUGUCGGCGAACAGUUCAGGCGAGGAAGAGAUGGUGAUCGAUUCUUCUACGAACACAAGGGUAUUUUCACUCCAUUCCAACUAGAAGAGAUUAAGAAAGCUUCCAUCUCGCGCAUUUACUGCGAUAAUGUAAAUGGGAUCGUAUCAAUACAAAGAAAUGCGUUCAGAUCAUCAGUAAACCAACGUAGGCCUACAUGCUCAGAAAUACCAGGAAUGUCACUUUGCGCUUGGAAAGGUAAAUAAUUCAAUAAAUUUGUUUGAUAAGCAAAGCUAGGGUAAAGAGCAAACGUGAUUGGUCCGAUUUGCGAUCAUGUGGCUUUACAUAAAUGCAAUGUAUUCCGCCGGACAACAAGUGAGGAAUUGUUGACGUAUAGAAAUAAACAAAAUGACGACACAACAUGCAAGUUUUUAUAAACUACGAUUUUCAAAGUUUGUUUUAAAAUAAAGAAUGCACAACAUGUAACAGGUUAUGCUACUGAAACCGUAUUUUAAACUCAUUUUCACUACAGUGUUUUUCAGUCUUGAAAUAUGCAAUAUUUCUAUACUUGCUAUCUUAUAACAAAACACUUAAAUAAUUUAAUGCCUGUCCCCUCGUGAAAUAGUAGUUUUGUUUCCUCUCAGAUCUCGAUGUUUCCAGCUCGACUUCUUCUCGACAUAUUAACUCGUUAACACGCGCAGAAGGUCAAAAGAUGCUAGUUUUUGUAGCGAAGGAAAACAUCGAAAGCCAGAGUUUAACAUUCACAAAAAGCAAGCAAAAUUACUGAAGAAAAUAAACUUGCUUUUACUCAGAAAGAUUUAGAAGAUAA